AUGACGUGGGAACCAAUUCGUCAAGGGCACUUUGAAUUUCGAACGCCGAACUUCAAUGUCCGCCCGAUCAGUCCAAUAAAUCCAUUUCCGAAGGAAGAGCAACAACCAGAAGUGUUGAGGGUGAUAGAAUGGGACCAUAUGAACUUGAAGUUGUUCUAUCCGAUGGCUCUGACGUCCACAUGGACAGUUCGAACGCUUCUGUAUCCUCUGGCAGUGCUGAGGGCGAGAUUACAGUUGCAGAAGCAGACAUCGGUGUAUCGGAACACUUGGCAUGCAUUCACGAGCAUCGCGAAGUACGAGGGAAUCAGAGGACUUUAUAAGGUAUUGCAUGUUCUAUGUAAAGAACUUUAUUUCUCAUGGCAAAUCUUACAUUUUACUUUUUAGGGUUUCUGGGUGACUUUUCCUCAGAUUGGCACCUCCUUUAUUUACGCUACUGUCUACGAGAAACUCCGAGCUUACAUGCUAAACGACCUUGGCUAUGACUCAGUUUCGGCCAUAUCCUCGAUUGCCGGAGGAGCUGCCUCGUUUUGUUCUCAAGUCAUCUUUGUCCCCACGGAUGUCGUUGUUCAGCAUAUGAUGAUCUACAAUUAUGCUGACAAAUUUGUGGGUGGAAGCGACAAACGGAUAAUGGAGUAUUUGCGAGCAGGAAAGGGAUCCGGAUUUCUGGGAUUACGGACGGUCAAGGCUGUUUACCACUACGAUGGAUUCAAAGGAUUUUAUCGGUAAGAAACUUUGCUUUCCUCGAUGCUAUAUCAUAUCAAUCUUAUUCAUCUCGAAUUUUUAGAGGUUUCUGGGCUUCAUCGUUCGUCUAUGCCCCCUCUUGUUUUGUGUUCUGGCCGGUCUACUACAAAGUGCAAGAGCUCUUGAAAAAGUUGCAUAAUGACAAAGGAUUUCUACUGCUGGAUCAAGCAGUUGCUGCGACAAUUGGAGGAGCAGCUUCGACUAUCGCCACCAAUCCAAUGGAAGUCCUAAGAAUUCGGUUACAGGUAAGAUUUCAACAAUUUUUUAAACUAUACAAUCCAUCAUUCCCCCGGAUUUUACAAAUAUAAAACAACCAUUUUAUUUUGCAGGUUCAUCGCUCAAGUUACAAAGAAACCUUCGAAAGACUGAUCAGAAAUGAGGGAUGGACCAUCUUCACGAAGGGAUUACCUCCCCGUCUGAUCAGUAAUUCCAUUUACUCUUGCGUUGUGAUGGUCGGAUACGAAGUUGUGAAAAGAUUCUGCGUUUUACCAGAAUACAAAGAAGCCAUUGUUUGGUAA